ACAUCUGAAAGAGUUCAGGUCCAGUCAAUGAGACAUCUACAAUAGAAGAGGAGCAGUCACUGAGACAUCUACAAGAUAUGAGGAGCAGUCACUGAGACAUCUACAAGAGAUGAGGAGCAGUCACUGAGACAUCUACAAGAGAUGAGGAGCAGUCACUGAGACACCUACAGGAGUUCAGGUCCAGUCAAUGAGACAUCUACAAGAGAUGAGGAGCAGUCACUGAGACAUCUACAAGAGAUGAGGAGCAGUCACUGAGACAUCUACAGGAGUUCAGGUCCAGUCUUUGAGACAUCCAAUGAACAUGAUGUUUAAUCAUUAAGACAUGUACAGGAGAUAAGUUCCAAUCUCUGAGACAUCUCUGGAUUUAUAAUAUUGAGAUCUCCACUUCUGAGGACCAGAGAAGUUUGGUGGAGUUUAUAUUCUUAGACUGAGGGUCGGUUCUGGAUUUACAGGGUCGGUUCUGGAUUUACAGGGUCGGUUCUGGAUUUCUUAUUUCUGUAUUGGCCUGAUGAUGGCGCUGGAGGGGGGGAUGAUGAAUGAGAUGUUUAACCUGUCAUGGGAGGACAUGAAUGGAAGCGACCUGUGGAACUGGAGCAAAACCAAUAAGUCCCUGGUGAACCAGACGGAGACAGGAGCGCCGCCGUUCUUGACGGACGCCUGGCUGGUUCCCCUGUUCUUUGCUCUCAUCAUGUUGGUGGGUUUGAUCGGGAAUUCUCUGGUCAUUUAUGUCAUUACCAAACACAGACAAAUGAGAACAGCCACCAACUUUUAUAUAGCUAACUUGGCCUCCACCGACAUCAUGUUCCUGGUGUGCUGCGUGCCUUUCACCGCAACGCUGUACCCCCUGCCCAGCUGGGUGUUUGGGGACUUCAUGUGCAAGUUUGUCGCGUAUCUGCAGCAGGUCACGGUCCAGGCCACCUGUAUCACCCUGACAGCGAUGAGCGCCGACCGCUGCUACGCCACCCUGUACCCGCUGAGGUCACUCAGGCACCGCACCCCCAGAGUAGCCAUGAUGGUCAGCAUCUGCAUCUGGAUCGGGUCCCUGCUGCUGUCCACCCCCAUCAUCCCUUACCAGAAGAUACAGGACGGAUACUGGUACGGGCCCCGCACCUACUGCAUAGAGAAGUUCCCAUCGGACGCCCUGAAGAAGGCGUGCAUCCUCUACCAGUUCCUCGCCGUCUACCUUCUGCCAUUGCUGACCAUCUGUCUGUGCUACUCCCUGAUGCUGAAGAGAGUCGGACAACCGGUGGUGGAGCCCAUGGACAACAACUACCAGGUUCAGCUGCUUUCCGAGAGAACCGUCGCCAUGAGGAGCAAAAUAUCCAAGAUGGUGAUCGUCAUCGUCCUCCUCUUCACCAUUUGCUGGGGCCCCAUCCAGCUCUUCAGCCUCUUCCAAGGAUUCUACCCAGGGUUCCAGGCCAACUACGCCACCUACAAAAUCAAAACCUGGGCCAACUUCAUGUCCUACGCCAACUCCUCCAUCAACCCCAUCGUCUACGGGUUCAUGGGCGCCAGCUUCAGGAAAUCCUUCAGGAAAGCCUUCCCCUUCAUGUUCCGGAAUAAGGUGAGGGAUGGAAGCAUCACCUCGGGGACCGCCCACAACGAAAUGAAGUUUGUUGCUAUGGAGUCGACCAACCAAGACCUUAAGUGAACAGGUUAAUGGGUUUAUGAAAAAAAGUGAAAGAUUGUGGAUCCGCAACGGAGAUCUUAUGGACGUCAAUGGAUGAAAGUGACCACAAUGUAACAAACCUACAUCUCCGAGACGUCUAUACAGAAGAGGGAAAGAUGAUAGAGAUAAUGGAGAGCGAGAGAACAACGAUCCUCAUCACUGCCGGACAAUCUAUACAGGAUCUUCCAUAGAAUUUGUGGAUUUUUAAAUAAAGAUGUUGUGGGUCCCGUCUGUAACAAAUCUAUAUUUUGUAUUUCAGUUCAUUAAAGGACAAUAUGA